CAAAUGUAUUAACCUCGAGCACAAGGACAAAAUAUGACUGCAAUGGGUCCCUUUCCAGUUAUCACUGGACGCUCUAACAGAAAUGUUCAUAAGAUUUAUCUCCCGUGAAACUUUGAGAGUUACCUCCCUUCUUCUCCUCGGGCUGUAAUUAAUCGUGUUUUCCUUGUUGUGGCACUCGCAGGUCAAACAGUCACAUUACGUAAUAUCAAAAACACGACCACUACAUCUCUAAAGCACAAUCAGUAGUGACAACUAGACUUUUCAAGGGAAAUUUAUUCACGUUUACUAAGGAAAUCAAAAUAUGGCUCAACUCAUUGGAAGAGUUGCCAUAGUGACUGGUGCUAAUUGUGGUCUUGGAUUUGAAGUUGCUAAACGUCUGUGUUAUUUAGGCCAUGAUGUCAUAUUAGCAUGCCGCAAUGAAGAAAGAGGAAGAUGUGCUGUUGAAAACAUUUGUAAUGAACAAAAUAAUGCUCUUGCAUCUUAUAUGAAUCUUGACCUGGCUGAUAUUUCUUCUGUACACAAAUUUGUGGAUGAGUUCCACGAAACUGGAAAACCACUUGAUCUCCUUAUUAACAAUGCUGCUGUUUUUGAUAACUCUGGGGAAGAAAGGAAGCUGACAAAAGAUGGAUUUGAAUUAACCAUGGGUACAAAUCACUUAGGUCAUUUUUUACUUACUAUUCUUCUAUUAGAAGACUUAGAAAAUUCUGCUGCUCUGAAUGGUGAAUCUCGAAUAGUCAAUGUCACUUCUUUACUUCAUGACACCCAAAUCAAACAUAUGAAAGACAGAGCAAAACCCCUUGACAUGAACAACUUUUUUUUGGAAAAGCCAAAUACCUACAAUGGUCUUCAAGCCUACAAAAACUCCAAACUUGCAAAUGUGAUUUUUACUUACGAAUUAGCUGAAAGAGUUCGUAACAAGAACAUUACAGUAAACUGCUUAUGUCCAGGUUUUAUUCCUAAGACAAAUCUGGGGCGUGAUGUCAGUGGUGCCAAAAGAUUCUUUUUGAAUUAUGUUCUCUAUUACUUUUUACGCUAUUUGAACAUUGCUAAGACAAUUGAUGAAGGUGCUGAAGCUAUUAUGGAUUGUGCUGUUGGAGAAAAACUAAAAGGAGUAACUGGAAAAUUCUUCAGAGAUCGAGAAGAAGCACACUCAUCUCUGGAAUCUAUGGAUAAAUCCCUGAGAACUGAAUUGUGGGAUGCAAGUGUGCUUUACUGCUAUUUAGAGGGUAAAGUUCCACUUCCCACUGUAGGACUGAAAUUUUCUGAUAAUCUUCCUGUCAAGAUCUCAGUAACGCCUUCUCCUGAUGAGGAAACUCCAGAUCUGGGAAUAAAGUCUUCUCCAAAAAAUCAUUCUAAACUGGAGGCAUGAAUAUCUAUAUUAAAAGCCACAAGUUGUUGUUUAUAAUAACCAUAUAACCCUACCCUGAUAUGUUAUUGUACAUAUUUACAAGUUUGGUUUUAGUUACCUUUUUUUUUACAGAAAUAAUUCUUUAUUACUGUAUAUAGCUUUAUUUUUUGGAAAACUAUAUCAUCUUUUACACAUAUUGGUACAUUUCUUUUUAGCAUUCUUUAUUGAUUUUUAUUUUGUUUAACUUUAUUUCUGGCAUAGAGAACUCAUGUGAUUUCUCCUUUUUCUUUAUGUGAGGACCUUUAAUGUUGACUAGAGAGUUCUCAGUUUAUUAUUCUUUUCUCUAGAGAUAUUGUUAAGAAAUUAUUUUGACUGUUGACAAUAUUGAUGUUCUCAUAGAUUCUUGUCUGUGAUGUGAUUCAGUUCUAUUUUCCUUCCUUUAUAUACUGCAAUUUUCCCAUGUAAUAGAUUUAAUCUCUUGCCCACUUUCAUGCAACAACUUGGUGUCUGUAUGCUUUGUUAUGAGCAUUUAGACUAAGUUUCUGGUCUGAGAUCUGAUAUCUAAAUCUUCCUCCCUACUCCUUCACCAGUUUCAGAUGCCUUGUUGAUAGGUCAUGGGUUCUGCUAUUCCUCCUUUGACCAAACCUUUUAGCAGUUCUAUCAUUAACAAAAUGAUCUCUGCAUUACUAUUUGAAACUUGUUGACAUUCUGUUCAGCAUAAAAUUUCUAUGUUAUUUACAGAAGACUGGGAAUAUAAAUACCUUGUAACUCACUGGGAUUUGGGGCCCUGCUAAAAAUGUUAUUCUGAUGUAAUGUGUCCCAGCAAAGCCUUCUAUGUCCAAACUCAACCAGCAACAAUGUGAUGCACAUGCUGCAUGAUGUAUCUAUGCAAGAAUCAAAAGGUUAUAGAGCCAAUUGCCAACUUAACUACAUCUUUAUGUUGCUAGCAUUUCAAAUCCUAGGAUCCUCACUAAACAACUAAUCACUUCUUCAUGUUAAUAAAUCUUCAGUUACUAAAACCAAAUAUCAGUCUAAUCCCACCGUUUAACUCAUUUGUUUUAAUACCAGUUUUCAUUAUAAUUUUUAAAACAAAAACAGCCGCAAAAAAGUACUGUCUUUCUCUACAUUACUACUGAACAAAAUUCAUAAAAAUUUAUUUUUCAUCUAAAAAAUCCUUUUCUCCUUUGAUCAAAGGGAAGAAAGAAAACUUCUUAAGGUAAAAGGAUAAAAGAAAAAAAAUAUUUAAAAAUAUUUAUUUCUCAUUGACAUUGUCAUGGUGAUAGUGAUCCUCGUCAUAAUUACAUUUGUAAAUAUGUAAAACUAUUGAGAACUUAUUUUUACAAAAUUUACAUAAUUUUUCCAUAUAUACUCUGGAUAGUAUUUUAUAUUGUUUCAGUGAAUGUUUUUCAAAUUUUGUAUUAUUUUUGUAUUCUGUAUAAGUAUUUCCAACAUUUUCUUUGUAUUUUUUGUGAUACUAAUCUUAUUUAUAAAUUAACAAUUACCAUCUAACUUGUAUUUUACUGGUGUAAUCAACAUUUCUUUUAAGCGUUCACUAGAAAUGAAGAAACCUUUGAUUGCUUUAUAUCUUGCAUCAGAUUAUGAAAUAAUAAUACUGUGAUAGAGAGAAACCUGGAUAUUCAUAAUUAGUUUGUGGAAAUAAUUAGUGAAAUUACAGUUAAUUAGUGGAAUUAUAUUUAUGAAUCUAUGGGAAUGACUUCAGAAUGUCUGCCUGCUCAUCAAAACAGAAAAAAAAAUUAAUGUUUAAAACAUUGUUGUUAUCUUGAAACAGCCUUAUAUUCAUAUUAUACCAAAUGGAACUGAUUUUUAUCCUUAGACAAGGUACCUGUCUUUCAUUACCUCUGCCUACUUAGCUGUAGAGAGGCACCAUGCAUAGUUACAACACUCUGUUAUACUUAUGACUUAAAUGAAGUAAUUCUUUAUACAUACAGCAUUUAUUUUACACUUUUAUGUGUUAGAGUCAUUUUCAAGCCACCACAAUUUUUAAAAACCUAAGUGAGCUUAUCAUUGAUUACAAUAAAAAUUUAGUAAUAAAAGAACAUUAUAUCCUGUUUCCAGCAGCUAAUCUGUCAUGAAAUAUCAAUCAAAAUACCCAUUGACAGCUACUACUUUAUAGUCUAGAGCAACAAACUCAUUGUCUGUAACUACAGUAAUACAUGGUUCAUAUAUUACACAUGUAAUAUACAACUAACAUUUACUUUGAGGGAAAGGUUGUAUGUUUUAUAUUGUGGCAGUAAUUCAUAGUUUCAUUAAGUAUGAAAUCAGUUUAUUUGAAAAUGUUAUUCUUGAAUGUUGUAGGCUGCCAAAUGGUAAAAUUAAAGUAAAACAAAAGCAAUGAAGCUUCUGCCAAUCUCAAGUUUCUUUGCAUAAAUCCUUAUUGAUCUUUCACAAUGGUAAAUUGCUAAUUCAGUUCGAAAGUAAAUUGGAAGGGACAGCAUUUAUAAUUAUUUAUUGAUUUCUUCCCUCUCAGUCUUUGGAUUAUCUGUCUAUGGUUUAUUUACACUGAGUCUGAUUGGUCAGUGAAUUUUGAAUGUUUAUGUUUGUUCAAUGCCACACCCUUCCUUCACCUUUGUCUGAUAGAGCUGUAACUGUUGCUCCAAGAUGGUGCAUUUUAGCAGAGUGUUACAAUAUUGGCAAAUAGUUCCAGAAAUGUUUGCACUCUCUAGUGUAGUCUUGGCAAAUAAGUAUGGCAAGUAAAAUAUACCAUAUACUCUAGGUAUAAUCAUAGCUUAUUGAUAGGUAGUGUACUGAAUACACACAUACUUACUACAUAAACAUUUUAAAUAGUUUUUGUUUACUUAACAAUUAAAAUCUAAUAUCUAAGAUACUGUGAUUAAAACUGUAAAAAGAUUCAUUUUGUCUCAAAGUUGUUAUAUUUUAUUGAUAAUGAAAGCAUUUUAAAAUCUUUCAAAAUUGCUGUUCAUCAUCUGGUGUUAAGUCUGCAUAUGGGUCUGUAUAACUGUCAUCCUCCUCUGUGUAUCUUCUCAAUAAAUUCAUUCUUCGCAUCCAUUGCAUUUGAAAUGCUACACUAAAAAAUGAUUUUACAUUUUCUACAGAAAUGGCAUCAUAAAAUUUUUUUUUAUCAGGAAAAUCCCUUAAUUCAUCCAUUGGUGGUACACAUAUAGUGCUACUGUUUGCAAAUGACAGUUCUUCCUCUACCAGCCAUUUAUUUCACUUCCCACAAAUAUUGUCUUCAAAAAAUGUGUGGAUGUUUGGUUAAGUUCUCUUUCUAACCACUGUACAGCACCUUGACCUAAUGACUAUCAUACAUAGCCUUAGCUUGAUCAAUAUUUUGUGAGUGAAAUUAGGAAAUGGAAAAUAUGUGGAAGCCUGUCAUAUAUAUAUAUAUAUAUAUUUCAUAGAUAAAUAUUGGAGAAGAAUGUUAAACACCAGUGAGAAAACCAAGAAACUGAUGUUCUUUGAACAAAGUCUCCUAUGAUAUUUUUUCAACACUACUCUGUAGACACUCAUUUGAUAAAUCUGUUAGAAGCCUAUGACCAAUGAUGUCAAUAUUUUCCCAUUGCAAUAUUGAAUACAUAAAUAACUUAUAUCAAGAAAUUGAACCACAGAUAUUACUUAUCACAUUACCUCCCCGGCAUUUGUUCAGAUAUAGUAUUGUUUAAUUGAAGUUGUUUCUUGACAUUGUGUUAAAUGGUAUAAUGUUUUUAAACCAAUUAGUUGUUUUCAUUGCUUUGUCUGCCAGGUCACUUCCUCCUAUAUAUUGUUAAUUCAUAAAUGUUUAUCAACUUCUGUAUAUGCAAAAAACCUGAACUUCCACUGUCCAGUAAGAUUACAUAAAUGUAUAUGCAUGUAAACUGAGUUUGGAAGUUUGCUGAAGGUCUAUUCAAUUUUAGUUUACUGUAGCAAUACCAAAUUAAUAAUCAUGAAGCAAGAAUGUAGCUUAGUUGAUUGGUACUUUAAAAUUUUUGCUUUCAUCUAUGCUACAACUGUGAGUACCAACAAGAACAUUAAAUAUAGAUGAUUUAGUAAAUUAGCUUGUUGGCCAGUUCUGUGGUGGAGGGAGUUGAUAAGUGAAUGACUAUUUCACUAGGUCGCAUGCUGUUGGUAUAUAUUACACUUGUAGAUUGUUUACAUCUCUGAUACAAAUAUCAGAUCAUAGGUCCAGGCAUACUGUAGACUACUAAUAUAGACCAUAUUUAAUACUACUAUAUUAGUAUUCUGUGUAAACUGUAAAUUUAAAGAUAAAAAGUGUUUGCUACUAAAGUACAACAAAGUUCUUACUAAUAACUUUUGGUGUGGUGCUGAAGAUCUUUUAGGUUACUUUUUGCAGUAUGCACCCUUAGAUACUGGUACAUAUGGUACCAGUAACUGCUAUUAAGUUUUGUUAUAAAAAUAAUGAAGUGUAGUUCUGUUUCUAACCCUGGAGGUGUAUAAUGUAAGGAAUAGAUGAUUUAUGAAUUAUAUCGGUCAGUUGGCAGCAAGUAUGCACUGAAAAAGUUUGCUCUAAAUUUUAGAAAGAUCGCCUUUAUUUGGAUUUUAAUACUCGCACAUUCUAUGUGCAUCUAGGACCAGGCUGGCUUAUUUAAUGAGAAUAAGCUUAAACUAGAAAUUUGAGCUAAAACUUGAGAUCAGCUUAUGUGCCAUGAUUUAUGGUGUGUACACAGAAAGUGCACACAGAAAUUAGUUAGAAAUUAGAAAUAUGGUGUGCACACAGAAAUUAGAGAAUUUGCAUGUCAUAUUUUAACAUCUGCCAAUAUUUAUGUUAAAAGAUUUAUUACUACUGUUCUUGAGUCGUGUGUGUCCAUAUUUAUGAAACAGAAAGUAACUUAUGUCAAAUCUUUAUUAAACCACCACACUUUACAUUAUUUUCAAAUAUAAUUUAUUCAUUUAUUAUUGAAACAUUGCAAUAAAAUAUCAAGAACCACA